AAUUUUGUUUCUUGUUUAAAUGAUUUUGUCAGAUUCACCUUCAUGACACGGCUGGAAUGGAGAGAUAUGAGGCUGGUUUGACUCGACAGCACUACCAUGGAAGUAAUGUUGUGCUCUUAGUUUAUGACUGUGAAGAAAUGGAAACCUUAGAACAACUUAAGAACUACUAUGAUGAUGCUAAAAGGCAUACUAAUGGUGCUGCUAUGGUGUUGGUAGGGAACAAGAUUGACAAGGAGUUUCCCAGUGUAGAAAAAGGAGAUGCUGAAAAAAUACUCUGUAAUCACAUAGACAUACAAAUUCGUCAUUGUAAUUUUCAAUACAGGGCUGAAACAUCUGCAAAGACAGAUACUGGAAUUAGAGAGCUUAUACAGUCAGUGGCAGAAUAUUUGGUAAAAAAUGCAGAACCUAGUAAUUUUAAAAAGGUUGUUGUUGGGCAGGAGGACAUUCCUCAACCAUCAAGCGGUUGCUGUUAGUUAUUACAUAUGGAAUAUGUAUGUUAUUAACCGAGUGUGGAGUCAGUAUGGCAGGAUAUCUGUUAAUACUUUUUGUGUAGGGCUAAUUCCCAGCCAUCUUACUCAAACAAGCUUGAUCAAUGAUGGAUUUAUCUUUCUAUUGUUCAAAAGAAUUGUAAUAUAACUUAUAAAACUCCUUUUUUUUUUUAAUGUCCUUGACUGGCAUUUUAAGAUAACCAAGCUGUAACACCUACUGGAAAAGAUUUAUCUUGUUAGGUAACCCAAGCCCAUCCUGCCUGCCCUGGUAGCCAAACAGGGGACAGAAUUUGCUAAAUCCCUCUGACCCAUAGAGCCAGCCAUAUAAUAACAAACUUUGACCAAUGGCCUGUGUUUGUCUGCUUUAGGUGGGCACUGUAUCUAUUAUUUUAUUAUUUAAGUAAUGUGCAAAGCUUUAACUGCCAGGAAGGGAUUAUAAUGCUUAGUAAUCAUUCCAACAAGGAUGCAGUCAAUUUUGAUUGCUAUGGUCACAGGACCACCAAUAGUUCAGACAGUCUUC